AUGGUGCGGGUGAAGGCAAAGGCGCGGAAGGGCGAUGAUGCCUUUCAGACACGCAAGCAGAAGGUGGGGCGAAAAAAACUUGCACCUGCCACAGCGACACGUGCCGAGGUGCACGCACGAACGCUGCGGGUGACAACACCAUCGGCCAUUGCUCGCACGACCCUCGACGAGGCCCUCAGGGCAGGGGACGAUCCGGAGAGGAAAGGACGCAAGCCGCAGAGUCGAGAGGAACUGCACCCGGUGGCAGUUUCGGCGGAAAAGAUGCAUCAUGACUUCAAGGAGCAGCUUUCGAACACGCGGCAUUAUAAGAAGGCGUCUCGGGCUGCCGGCUUCAUGUCACUCGUCAGGGCCAUCAAAGGGAACUACGAGACGAUGGGGACAAUCGCCCAGACGCCAGGUGUUGGAAUUGCUGAAAGAAGCGAUGAGGCACUUUUAAAUCCUAUUGAAAUUCUCUCUGCUUUUACAAGUGCGCUCGAUGCAAUGCUGGACACAGACAACGACGUUCGUCGUGCGGCCCUUGCUACGUUGAAAACGAUCCUCCAGCCCUCGCCAUCUUCACGUGACCGUGGGGUGCGGGACGACAAAGUAUCGCCGAUUGAGUCUACCGUCUCGGCAAGCGGUGGGGUGACGUUUGACAUGGACCGGACCCGGGCGGUGUUGCGCAUUGUUGAUGUGACGUUGACGCAUGCCAUGACAUCUGUGCGUCGUUCUGGCAUUGAGUUGCUGCAUAUUAUUUUGCGGGUUUCCCCUCAUGAUGUUCGUGCGGUAUUGCGGGAGUCCGAUACGUGGGUAAAGAUGGUGAGUCGUGUUUCAUCCGUCCUUCUGCAAGGCACGAGUGGCUCUGCUGCUGGUGCAAAGACGAUGGGGAUGACUCAUUUGGUUCCAGAUCUCCUUGAAACGAUGUUGCUGCAGUGUGAUGGUGUGAGGAAUGCCGGAGGAUUUCGUGGUGACUUCCAGCAGGCGGAGGAAGACGUUGGGGCAGGCGCCACACCGGAACGCAUCCUCGAGCUCUUUGAGGAAUGCACACCGAAAUGGAGCAUGGAGUGGAAGGAGUUGAUGGAGAUGCGGACUGCCAUCUUCCGCGAUACCGAGCGUGUGCAGCGUGCCACGGCGAUUGCACGCGCCUUCGCAUGCCUCACGAUGUACCUGCGUGGGCGCUCAUUGCUGAAGAAGUCGCACAAGCAACACAUUCGUCACCUUUUUACCGUCAAAAUGCCGUUUACUAUACAAGAGUUGACUCCUUCAACGUCGGCGUCUGGUCAUAGCAGUGACAACAGCAACUGCAACGCACGGAUGGAGCUCGCGAAUGCCAUCGCUGACGCCUGUCUGCCAGUGGCGGAUUCCGCGAGUGAUGCGUCUCAAUUGUUGCGAGAGUUCUUGUCCGCUGCUCUCCGUGCCGCAAAUGGUUCGUCAUCGUCCUCAUCCUCGUUAUUGGGACCUCAAGGCGGUGGUGAGGGCAGGAUGGCCACACAAUUGUUAGGUCCGCUACGAACACUGCGGACGGCAUUUGUGCGAUUUUCAACUAGCCUUCUUCCGCGGCUUUUGUUUCUUGUGCCGCCGAUGAUGCGGGCUGUCAUGCGUGCUGCCUGUAGCGCCGAUAGUGUCAAGUGGGGUGAGGCGUCGCUGCUGGCAGCUGACGUUCUUUCAGUGCUUCUCGCUUCGCAGGCCGCCGCGUCGUUGAAGACCGGCCUGCGAUUUCUCUCGGAUGCCGUGCUGAUGGUGCCGCGGCUUCUCUUCUCCCUUCGUGGCAAGGCGGACAGUGCGACGCUGGACCGUGUCGCGUAUGCCUUCUUGCAGCCGCUGUGGAGGGUAGCGAGCGGCGGGCAUCCGCUGCUGCAAUGCUCCGCCACAUCCACCGACGACGUGGCAACGCAACUUCGUUUGUCGUUGCCGUCACUCUUUGAGCUCCGUGUGCCGGACGAUGAGGCACCCGGCGCGUAUGUGACGGUGGACGGUGUGUUGUCCCGCUGCACGGAGCGCACGAGGGAGUUGGGGGCGCAUCUGCUCUUCUACCUGUGCGGCGAGGCGCCGUGCACGGGGGCGGCACCGCCUGCACACACGACUCUCGCCAGCACACUCCCUCAACGUUAA